AUGGACCCCGAAAUGAACAAGCUCCUCAAAUGGAGUGUUGCCAACACACAGCCAGCUGCAGGCGCCGAUGACGAGAGCAGCAGUGCCCAAAGUCGCCCAGCAGCUGCGUCAAACCUGACCCCACAAAUGGUGAACACACUAUUCGGCGGUCCCUCCGAGGCCGACCUGAUGCGGGCCGCAAUGGAGGUCGUACACGACGACGAGUCCGACCUGGAGAACAAGUUGAUCGCAUUCGACAACUUCGAGCAGCUGAUUGAGGGAAUUGACAAUGCCAACAACCUCAUCCCGCUCAAUUUAUGGAAGCCGCUUGUCGAGCUUCUCCAGCACGACGAGACUGAACUCAGACGUAUGGCGGCCUGGUGUGUGGGAACAGCCGUGCAGAACAACCCCAAGGCGCAGGAUCAUUUCGUCGAGCUGAACCAAAUGCCUACUCUCGUCAAUCUCGCCACGACAGACUCAGACCCCGCAACCCGCAAAAAGGCCGUUUACGCUAUCUCCUCUGCGGUCCGUAACCACCAGCCUGCCUUGGAUGCUCUGCACAAGAGCCUUCCAGAAGGCUAUCCCACCGAUAAGCGCGAUGCCGCCGAUAUGGAAGGCAUUGAUACGAUCAUCGAUCAGCUGCGGUCUCACCCGACCGAAGCCUCCGCAUGA